GUCUGAGGUAAAUGGGCGUUAACCUACUUGGAUCCCGUGAUUCAGGCAAAUAAAAGUGCGAGUCGGCAGAGGUCCUCAAUUCAAAACCUGACGGAGGCGCUGCUAAGGAACGAAACAUGGAUAUCCGGACUUGUGUUUUCGUGUUGUUCGGCUUGAUUGGACUCGCCUGCGCCGAGCCAGUGAAGUACAUAGACUGCGGCUCUAUUUCUGGCAAAGUGGUCUUGGUGGACAUUAAGCCGUGUGCCACUCAGCCAUGUCAGCUACACAAGGGACAGUCCUACAGUGUCAAUGUGACAUUCAACAGUGCUGUUGAGAGCCAGUCGAGCAAUGCGGUGGUUCAUGGGAUCGUUGCUGGACUUCCCAUCCCCUUCCCCAUUCCCGUACAAGAUGGCUGCAAGUCUGGAAUCCAGUGUCCCAUCCAGAAGCAGCAGAAGUAUCACUAUGUGACUGCUCUCCCUGUAAAGUCUGAGUACCCCUCAAUAAAGCUGGUCGUGGAGUGGGAACUGAGAGACGACACCAAAAAUGACCUGUUCUGCAUUCGGUUCCCAGUUCAGAUUGUGAGCUAAACUAGUAAAAGUACCGCAAUAUGUUUUUGUUUUAAACAGGGAUUCAUCUAUGAAUAAAAACCUGCAGAAUGAUUCUGGUUAAUUUUAUUCACUCAAAUUUUGUUUUAAUGAUUUAUGUCUUUCCCUGGUUUGCAAGACUUUGCUGCACUAUGCAUUAUGACUCCUGCUGAAAGAAACUUGUGUUUUUUUGCAGUGACCUUGUUACAGUCAUUUUUUAAGAAGUAGAUGUGACACGAUGGUUAUUGUUUGACCCUUAACCAAUUCAUCUGUAGUGCAAUUGUCUUGUCUAACUGGCUGCUGUGUAGUUCUAUUCUGUAUUUUUCUUUACUCCCACUUGUAUUCUUGCUUACUGACCUUGUACUACACGUGUACAUUUAAUUAUAAUAAAGAAAUCUGAUGGAUGAAAUUGCA